AUGGCUACCAAAUCUUCAUCGGCACCAAGAAAGAAAACCCGGACGCCCUCUGCCGUCGCCAAGGCACUAUACGCGGAUGGCCUUGACGCCGAUGGCUACCGCCCGAGCAUUGCUCUCAAUGGUGCGGAUAAGCGCGGCACUUACUACGCGGCACAGACCCUUCGCCAGCUUGUCGAUGGCGACGACCGUGUCCCCGGUAUCCAAGUGUGCGACUGGCCGCUCAUGUCCAUCCGUGGCUCCAUUGAGGGGUUUUAUGGCAUUCCCUGGUCGCAUCAGUCGCGCCUCGACCACUACGUGUUCUACGAGAGACAUAAAAUCAACACCUACAUCUACACUACCAAGGAUGACCUUAAACUCCGCCAUGAGUGGCGCGAUCUUUACGAAGGUGACGCCCUUGAGCAGCUCAAGGAGCUCGUAACCACUGCGAAUGUCAAUCAUGUGGACUUCACCUAUGCUCUUUCCCCCUGUGCUUCCAUCUGCUACUCGUCCGAAGAGGACUUUAAUAUUACUGUCACCAAGUUCAACCAGAUCUGUGACCUUGGUGUCCACAGCUUCUACAUUGCCCUUAAUGACAUUCCCCUCCAAUUCCACUGCGAAGAGGAUAAGCAAAAGUGGGAGAACAAGGGUAGUUGGCACUGGCUGGCGGAAGCCCAGACUUACUAUCUGAACCAUGUUUCAGAAGGAAUACAUUGA